AUGACUGCGAGAGGUGUUUUCUCAACCUACCUGAGGAUAUCUUCCGGCCCCGUGAGUGGCAAAGUCCAAUUCUUUCCCGCUCCUUCCGGAGAUGCUAAUGCGCUUCCUAGACCGCUAGUAGAAGAGCCCUCUCCUCCCGGUUUUCCCCCUCGACCCCAGCCUCUAGACUCCAUACCUCGCAAUGGAAGUUUCAGCAGCCCCCGGCGGCAAACAGGGGUGUUUUCAAUGCAGGGCAGAUAGACCUUCGAGCCAAUGGCGGCCCAGCCUCCCCGGAAGAAACUAAGCCGCGUGGAGGCAUCUUCAGAAGGGUGGCAGAGAAGCUGCGUGAGAAGAUGCCGAAUGCUACGGAGCCGUAUGUUGCGCAUGGAGUUACACUGGAGUUAUAUAAUGAGUGCCUGAAGCAAGCCGCGUAUGCCGAGGGCCACGAGUUGUCGGAGAGUGCGAGGUUCUGGUAUGAUGGUUUGUUAUCGCACGCUCUGUGUUGGGACUGGGUAGAUGGAGAGCUGAUAAUGACGAUAGUUUGCGAUAGGCCUAAAACGUUCAUGUCUUGGGCGCAGGUUACAGUGCUGCAUAUGUGGAUGUUCGUUGUCAGGAUUCGGGCAUUCGAGCUGGAUAGGGUUAAGACCUGGCAGCAGCAUUUUGUCGACCACUUCUUUUAUGAUGCUGAGGGGAAGAUGAUACACACGUAUAACGUUUGUUUACAGUCCGUGCCCUAGCGAGAGGAGAUUUGCUGAUGGGGCUGGCGGGCUAGAUUUCUAGUGGUGGACAAAGAAAGACAUAUCUUAAGGAUUUGUACUCCCAGUAUAGGGGCAUGAUCGCUGGUUACGACGAAGGUCUUUGCAAAGGGGAUGCCGUUCUUGCUGCGGCUAUUUGGAGGUAAUAUAACUCAUCUCACCUGAACGUCUCGGCGAAGGCUAUUAUUUCAAUAGAAACGUCUUCGAUGCAAGACCAGACAUUGACCUGGAGGUCCUGGCCAUGAUCACUAGCUACGUCCGUCGUGUGAUCCACGGCCUUGACAAGAUUGACAACCAAGUUCUCUAUUCUGCGCGUGUUACUUUCGGACUCCCGAAUGAGGAGGCGGCGACAGUCAGGGUGGAGAGUAAGUUCAUCGGGGCAAUUAUGGGGGCUCCUGUCGUUAGUGAUGGGGCUGCCUGA